UGCAGAAGAAGAAAAAGUGGCUCUGUUUCCGGUUUCGGGCGUCGUGUCGGAUAUGUUUUGGUGUCACAGUUGAAUCUGUUGAUAGUUUGAAACACUUCCCGAAGGUAAAAAGCUGCUGCGAACUCAUCGCUGACCGAGCAGCGUGCAGAGAUGUCGUCUGGACUCCUGUCGCCUCCUGGAGGAGGAGAACAUCUUUGCGUCUUCCUCCUCCGAGACGACGAAGAGGAGCAAGAGCGGAGGAAGGAAGUGGGCUGUCAGUGGGAGAGUCCUGAGGAGGAGAGGAAGGAGAAGAAGGAGGUGGGAUGUCAGAGCGAAUCAGCAGAGAGGAGAGACGCUGCUGUCCAGGUGGACCUGCUGAACCAGCAGCUCAGCUGGAGUCAAACAGGUUCCUCCUCAAUGCUGCUGCAGUGUUUCUCAGUCAGACCUGAUGGACCAGACGGUGGUGCUCUGCUCCAGCACUGCACCAGAACCAUCAAACCCCCUCGAUCCAGGUCCCAGAGGAGACCUCGGAGGUCAAAAGCCACCAAACAAGGUUGUUCUACACGUCGCUACCGCUGCAUGUCACCUGUUAAUGACAUCCAACGGGAGGUGGUGGUGGAGGAGGAGGAGGAGGAUGAAGAAGACAGAAGUGACCCCACCUGGAAUCCCCCCGAGGGAGCUGUGAACUCUCACCCGUCUGCUGCUGCGGCGCGGGAGGAGAUGCAGCUGGACUCCGACUCCCAUGAUGCACCUGUGUGCUCGGUGAAGCUGGAGCUCGACAGCACUGUGUGUGACGUCUGUGGUAAAGUGAUGAAGAACAAGUCGAGUCUGGCCCGACACUCCUUCAUCCACACAGGCAGGAAGCCCUUCUCCUGCCACCUGUGUGACCUCCGCUUCAACCGCAGAGACAACCUGCAGCACCACCUCACCCGCCUCCACCCCAAUGGCGUCGCCCGGCGGGAGAAGCAGCGCGCCGUCCAGUCCUGGCUGUGCGCGGCCUGCGGGAAGACCUUCAGCUGUAGGUCCCGCCUGAAGACCCAUGAGGUCAUCCAUUCAGGGGUCAAACCCCACAGCUGUGACCUCUGUCCCAAGGCCUACAUGCGGACCAACGACCUCGAGCACCACAAGAAGGUCGCCCACGUCCGUGGCGCCGCCGAGUCCACGCCGCCCAGCUCGCUGCUCUGCGACCACUGCGGCAAAGAGUUCAAGUGCCGCUCGCAGCUGGCCGUCCACCUCCAGACGCACACCGGCGAGCGGCCGCACCUCUGCGACAUCUGCGGCCGCAAGUUCGGCCGCCAGUACCAGCUGAAACGCCACAAGGCCCUGGUGCACGCCAAACAGUGCGAGGGCGGUGAGGCCCCGCCCCCCGACGCGGCCUUGUCCUGCGGCGUGUGCGGGAAACGGCUGAAGUCCGAGGCCCUCCUCGCCGCUCACGCCCGCAUCCACUCGGCCAACAAGCCCCACCGCUGCGGCAUCUGUCUGCGCGCCUUCCAGCGCGCCACCUGCCUGAAGCAGCACCACCUACGCAUCCACCUGCGGGUCAAAGUCAGCGAUUCGCCGCUCGCGGCCGGGCGCCAGAGGAGCGCGGCGCCCCCCCGGGCCUUCUCCUGUCCCGUCUGCGGCAAGCCUUUUAAGUUCAAGUCCCUGCUGGCGAGCCACUCGCUGAUCCACAGCGACCACCGGCCCUACGGCUGCGACUUCUGCAGCCGCAGCUUCCGCCGCCUCAGCCACCUGAAGAGGCACCGCGAGGUGGUGCACGCCAACGGGGAGCGGCCUCCACAGAACUUUGUGUGCCACAUCUGUGGCAAAGACAAGAAGUGCCGCUCGCAGCUGGCCAGACACGUGAUCAUCCACAGCGGGGAGCGCCCCUUUGCCUGCGACCUCUGCGCCGCGCGCUUCAACCGCAGCGGCAACCUGCAGCAGCACAGGAAGCGCAUGCACGGCGUGGGGGCGGAACCCGCCGAGGAGGCCCCACCCAUCUUGUUUGAGGAUGACAUGACACCUGCACUGACUUACAAACAGGAGGAGACGGUGGUGGCUGUAGACGACAUGGAGGUCGUUACUGAGCGUGCCCAGUCCUGCUGACCUUUGACCCCUCAGUCUGAAGAUGCAGAGACGCAUGUAGGCGGUCUGACAGAACCUCAGAGACGCUUUCUGUUAAUCAUCUUCUCAUUUCUUUCUUUUUAAUAAAGGUGAUCAAUUAAUCUUUAUUGUUCCGUUGAAGUCCUCUGAAUUUAAGAUUUAUUUUCAUAUUAAUAUAUGUAUAUAUUUUUGACAUCCUAAUCUAUGAUUUGUGUGUGUGUGGUAAUAACAUAUUUCUUUCAUGGAAUGCUACAAUAUGUGUAUUUUAUACAUAAAGACAUGUCUUUAAAACUCGUUCAUGUUCAAUACACACGUGCACAGACAUAGAAACAACACAGUGUAAGGACUGAUCACAUCGCACUGGUGUAAUCACAUUACAUCGCGCUGGUGUAAUCACAUUACACAUCAGAUGGUUUGUGGUGCAUACAGGUGCUCAAUAACAUGACAUCACCACAGGUAACGUUUCAUGUACGUAUUCAUUUACACUCAUGAACAUUUGUUUGUUUCAUUUGAAUUUCAUCUGUGACAAGAUUCAUUAUAAUUAGUAAAUUAAAAUUGGUUUGUUUAUU